GUUCGAGCGGCUCAUCAGUCCGGGCAGGGAGCCGGUGGUGCUGGAGGGCCUAGACCUGGGCCCUGCCCCCGCCAAGUGGACCCCCGACUACCUGCGCAACCUGCCCGGGGCAGCGGACAUGAAGGUGAGUGUGCAUGUGAGCCGCGAGCCCUCCGGCCGCCUGGACUUUGUUCGCAAGAACUUCGCCUUCCGCGUCAUCAGCUUUCAGGAGCUGAUAACGCGACUGACAAAUCAGGCGGCAGAGGCAGCCAGCAGUGGCAGCAGCAGUGGGGGUAGCGGCGCCCCCGCAGCCAGCGGGGCAGCGGUACCAGCCGCAGCACCUGCAGCCGGGGAACAGCAGCUGGACAGCCGCGGGGGCAGCUCGCCACAAGAGGGGGGUGGUGCCGGCAGCAGCGGGGGCACCAGCGGCAGUGGUGUGUUGCCUGAUCUGGUGCCCCGGGGAGCGCAGUUCGGGGAGGGGCGCGAGGUGCUCUACCUGAGGAGCAUUGGGGAGAACCCGCGCAGGGAGGCCGCCAACCUGUCCGCCUCCUUCCCGCUGCUGGCCGCCGACCUGCGCCUGCCGCCGCUCUUCCCGCCCUCCGCGCUGCACAGCAGUGUGCUGCGGCUGGGCAGUCCGGGGCUGGUGCUGUGGACGCACUACGACGUGAUGGACAACCUGCUAAUACAGGUGACGGGCACCAAGCGGGUCCUGCUGUGGCCGCCCGCCUGCCACGACGCGCUUCACGUGACCGGCUCCUCCUCGCCCAUCACCCGCCCGCAACCCGACCCCGACCUGACCGCCUUCCCGCGCUUCGCCGCCUGCCCCGCGCCGCUGCUGGCGGACCUGGCGCCGGGUGACGUGCUGUUCCUGCCCAGCCUGUGGUUCCACAACGUGACCACCACGGGGGGGCACAUGAGCGCCAGCGUGAACGUGUUCUGGAGGCACCUGCCGCAGGAGUUCUACCACAAGAAGGACCUCUACGCCAAUCGAGACCUGGUGCAGGCUGAGGAGGCGGACAAGGCGGCUGAUGCGGCUCUCGCCCAGCUGUCGCAGCUGCCCGAGCACUACCGCGCCUUCUACGGAGCCCGCCUGCUGGGGAGGCUGGGCCGGGAGCUGGGGCUGAGCGCGUGAGAGGGGGUGCAUGGCCGGGUGGACUGCUGGGUGGUUCGGGGGGGAGGGUGAGUGUCGGUGCGGGAUUGCAGGGUGCAGGG